UGGAGAGGGGUCUCCUCCAGAUCUCCUCCUCCUCGUGUCGUCUACCACCACCCCAUCGGAGUACGAUCCGAUCUCCGAUUGCGUUGAGCUCCAUCGGAUCCGCAGCAGGCCCAGGAAGCGGAGCGGGAGCAGCAUCUGCGGUCGCGAGCCAUGGCGGGGAGGGCCAACAUCCCCACCAGCAACUCCGCCCUCAUCGCCAUCAUCGCCGACGAGGACACCGUCACUGGCUUCUUGAUGGCCGGGGUUGGCAAUGUUGAUCUGCGCAAGAAAACCAACUACCUCCUCGUCGAUAACAAGACGACAGUGAAACAAAUUGAAGAUGCAUUCAAAGAGUUUACUGCAAGGGAGGAUAUUGCUAUUGUGCUCAUCAGUCAAUUUAUUGCCAACAUGAUACGAUUUCUGGUGGAUAGCUACAACAAGCCAGUCCCUGCUAUUCUGGAGAUCCCAUCCAAGGACCAUCCAUAUGAUCCAGCGCAUGACUCGGUGCUCUCUCGCGUGAAGUAUCUGUUUUCUGCAGAAUCAGUGGCAUCUGAUAGGCGGUGAAGACACCCCUGUGUAGUAGUGCCCUUUGUUGUAUCUAUUCUGUUUUUUGUGUUGAAGAAAAGGUUGCUUGUACCAUUUGGUGUGCGGGACAGCUAGAAGCAUGAAUAAUGAACUUGGAAACAAUAAUUGGGUUGAACCAAACCGAAAUGUAUUUUACAAGAUUGGGGUGCUGUUUGGUGCUUGUACUGAUUUGGUUUUAUAUAGAGAAUAAUCUGAGGCGUGAUUGUCGAUU